AUGUGCUGCUCCCCUUGCUGCCAGCCCACCUGCUGUGGGUCCAGCUGUGGCGGGUGUGGUUGCUGCUGCCAGCCUUGCUGCCGCCCAACCUGCUGUCAGACCACCUGCUGCAGGACCACCUGCUGCCAGCCCUGCUGCCGCCCCUGCUGCGUGAGCAGCUGCUGCCAGCCUUGCUGCCGCCCCUGCUGCGUGACCAGCUGCUGCCAGCCUUGCUGCCGCCCCUGCUGCAUGUCCAGCUGCUGCCAGCCUUGCUGCCGCCCCUGCUGCGUGUCCAGCUGCUGCCAGCCUUGCUGCCGCCCCUGCUGCGUGUCCAGCUGCUGCCAGCCUUGCUGCCGCCCCUGCUGCGUGUCCAGCUGCUGCCAGCCCUGCUGCCGACCAACCUGCUGUCAGACCACCUGCUGCAGGACCACCUGCUGCCAGCCUUCCUGCUGUGGGACCACCUGCUGCCGACCCACCUGCUACUGUAGCCCUUGCUGUGUAUCCAGCUGCUGCCAGCCUUCCAGCUGCUGA